CACUGGACGCCCUCUUGCUAUGAAGCAGCUAUCUCUACCAGAGAUGCCCAAAGUUGGAGAAGUGGACAACAGAAGGGCAGAACUUAUUAGGCAAAAUGCUACAAAGAGACUUAAGGAGUUCCAGCUUGAACUUGACUGCCUUAGUAAACUAAAUCAUGACAAAAUAGUCGAUUACUUUGGAUACCAGAAAGAAACAAAUGUUCUGAAUAUAUUUCUGGAGUAUUUUGGAGAGGGAUCUUUAGAAUCCUUGCUGAACUUAUACGGAAAGCUCAGAGAACCCGUCAUUUCAAACUAUACCAAACAGAUUCUGCAAGGGUUGGAAUACCUCCACUCGAACAAUAUUAUCCACAGAGAUAUCAAAGCUGGGAAUAUUCUGGUCAAACAAGGCAUCUGAAAGCUUACUGAUUUCGGAGCCUCUAAAGAAAUUUAUGAGAAAAUGGGAAAGCAAAUCGACUCUUUUAAGGGCACACCUUACUGGAUGGCUCCAGAGGUAAUAACACAGAAGGGGUAUGGUCGAUUCGCUGACAUCUGGAGUCUUGGAUGAACAGUUUUUGAAAUGCUCACAGGAGCACCUCCUUGGUCAGAGCAAAAUCAAUACGCAGUUCUUUUUCAAAUAGCCAACGAGUCAAGAGCCCCUGAUUACCCUGAUGAUAUCUCUGAUGAACUUAGAGAUUUUAUGGAUUGCUGCUUUAAAAAGGAGCCAACUGAAAGAUGUAAUAUUUAUGAGCUUCUACAUCACCCGUUCAUUUUACAGGAAGAAUGAGAUGUCGAAGACUAUAACAUCCUUUCCAAUGGCCUUACAAUAGCUGAUGAUCGCUGGCUUCAGGAGUCUCAAAAUGAACUUAAAGAGAGACACAAAAAUCCUCCAAAAGCUAUAGAACUGCUAAAUAAUUGUCGAAGAGGUACUUUUCAGCGAAUGCAGACAAAGCCAUUGCUUCCUUCUCAGAAGAUAGGAGUAAAAAUGAGCAUGAAACAGCUUGAAGCUCUGUAUAAGCUAAUUCAGUUGAGAAAUAUAGGUCAAAUGUACGAGGAGAUGACUCAGAAGAAGAACCUCCCUUGAAAGUCUCCAGAUAUAACACCUCAAAAGAGUUCUUUUGGGAAUCUGAUGGGAAUCAGGAGGAAGAAAAGGCAGCUUUCUAGCAAACUUAUCCCAUCUCGAAUGGGAGAUAUCCAAGAAGAAUCUGAGGAUUGUGGUACACCAACUCCUGGUAAACUUCAGAUGGAGAACUACACCUUCUGUGAGGGUAGCAUGCCUAAUAUUUCAAAGAAAACUUCACAGUCCAACCUUGCUGGAGGAGAUGCUAGAUUACCCAAAACAGACAGCCUCAACGAAUCCUACUUUGAUAAAACCUCUGAGUGCGAAGGCGAAAACAUCCAGAUCAAGUCGAGUGUUCCAGAAGAACUAGAGGCAGAACGGAAGAAAAUUGAAGAACAGAUCAAGAUAAUUUCAAGUAAAAGAAUUCCGAAUUUAUAAAGGCUAUUUCCCAUCA